UCCUCCUCUUAUCUGUACAGUUUGAGUUUUACAGCGCAGAGGACAAACAGGGUUUCAGGCAGAGAAGAGUCUCCAGAAGAGGAGAGUUCAGAUACAGUGAUGCCACCACUCUGUGCUGUUUUUGUGCUUUUCAGCAAAGUCUAUGGUCUGCUUGGGAAUAUAAUUCAGCCUGACACGCUGGUGCGAGCUCAGAUCGGAGACACUGUGACUCUCCCAUGCUUCUACUCUGUAAACGUUUUUGAUAUCAGUUGGUAUAAGCAGCCUCUUGGACAGAAGAUUCAGCACAUUGCAGUGCAAGAUGUAAAUAAAAAUGAUACUCAAUUUUUCAAUGAGUUUAACAACAGUAAACGCUUCAGUGCUAAAGGAACAAAGGGGAUCUUUAACCUGACUGUGUCACAAGUAGAGCCAUCAGAUUCAGCCACAUACCACUGCGCUACGACGCCCUUCAGAGAGACCAUCUUUGGAGAUGGAACGACUUUAAUGGUGAUGGGUUCAGAGUCACACAACAGGACAGUAGUACUGCAGCAGCCCGAGUCUGAGUCAGUGCAGCCAGGAGACUCUGUGACUCUGCAGUGUACAGUACACACUGAGACCUGUGCAGGAGAACACAGUGUGUACUGGUUCAGACAGGGCUCAGGAGAGUCCCCUCCAGGAAUCAUUUCCACCCAUGGAACCAGGAGUGAUGAGUGCCAGAGGAGCUCUGGGGCUGUGUCUCCCACCCAGAGCUGUGUCUACAACUUCCCCAAGAGGAACCUCAGCCCCUCUGAUGCUGGGACUUACUACUGUGCUGUGGCCACCUGUGGGGAGAUCCUGUUUGGGAACGGGACCAAGCUGAAUGUUAAGGGAGGUGAAUUAUCCACGCUUGUCUGGCUCUCGAUCAUACGGACUGGAGUUCUCUGUUGCAUGUUGCCCAUAUUUGUCCUCAUCUAUUGCAAAAAGGCAUAAAUAAUGAUGAUAUUAUGGGAUUCAUACCAUUAAAUCAGCGAAUCAUAUUCAUAUUAAUACCUCCUUCUGGGUAUUCUUUUUCUCCUUCUUCUUCUUAUAAUGACUUUUUUCCAGAACAUAGUCCCUGUUUACAAAUUACCCUGUUGUAUGAAUCCUAAUUUUGGCAUAAUAGCAUAUGACAGCUGAUGUUGCUCAAACAGUGUAAUGCAAUUAAAAUGAAUUUCAAUCAUUUGAAAUGGAUUUGAUUAUGUUCCUGAUACUCAAAAGUAUUUGAACACCGACAAUCAUAAGAGAAGGACUUUGUGAACUUUAGUCUGAAACUCUAAAUACAAGAUGCAUUUAUUUCAGUCUACGAUAGCUGCUGGAUCUUUGUGAAGGAAUCUUAUUGUGGCCUGUUUGAGGGAUCAAAUGCAUUUUUAGAGAAAACAUGCAAUUUGGAAUAAACACUGCUAUUCCAAUAUCAAAACAGAAUUAUUUCAAAUCACACACAUAUAAUAAUGACUUAAUGAUACAAAUGAAAAUAUAUUUCAGUACAGAAAGUUCAUGAACAGAACUUUGGCACUGAGAGCUAAUGGUUUUCAAACAGCAGCAUCAAACCGGGCGGGCAGGGUGGCAUAGUGGUUAGCAGGGUUGCCUCGCAAGAAGGCUAGGCGUGCUCCUGCAGGUGCCCUUGACCAAGGCACUGGCCUCAGAACUGGAGUUGGUCCCCGGGCGCUGCACUGUGGCUGCCCUCUGCUCCUAAGUAACUAAGAUGGGUCAAAUGCAGAGGACAAAUUACCCCACAGGGUUGAAUGAAAGUAUCUAUCUAAACAUACAGGUGAGACAGAGUAUGUUUGAAAUUCCUGUAAUGUAACAGUAUCUUAAGACUGUUAUCGCCAUUCGUCUUUUUAUGACAGAAAUGUAUCAUGGUGUGGUCCAGCCAAUAUUUUCGGUGCUGUAAAUAAAAUCUGUAUCGGUCAGUAAUGGCAAAUGCUCAUGCUUAACCUCGUAUCACAUAUUCAUGCAGAGUAUGUCUCAUUGAUGGUAUUCAUUCCCACUAAGGGCUAAUGCUACAUGUAUAGCAGGCUGUGCCUUUAAAAUAGGCCUGACAAGGGCCUGGUUACCAUUCAGUCUGAGGUCUGUCUGUUCUGCCCAGUAUUGUGACCAGGUGGCAUAGAUACAUUUGUGCCAAACAGAGAAAUCUGUGAGUUUCACACUAUUUUAGGAUUUAAUUAUUAGUUAUUAAAUGUGCAAACAUUCUUGUAAGCAUCACAUUGUACAUGGAAAGAUCCCAGCGUUAAAUGAUUGAUCAGUUUUCAAGUUGCUUUUUGACGAGCCUCAACUCAAAGUUAGGACAUGCCGUAAUAUUUGGAACGCUAACACUAGUUCCUUGGAGCUAAUUUAAGCUGCGUUAGCUUCAUAGUGCUCAUUAAUCUUGGAAGAUAGAUUUUGCACUGAACAUCCAGGCAUUAGAGUGACAAGUGUAA